GAUGCGUUGUUCUCAGUGUGGCACUGUCCGAGAAAAAUAACCCAGCGCCAAAAUGUUACACGUGGUGAGGACUUGCAAAUGAUAAACUGAAAAAGCAAACGACAUCUGCAUGCAUUUGCCUGGGAGUUUAUUCGAGAAGGAGACAUCUCAAAAGGGUGAUUGACACACCAAGCAGGUGUGUCCAGCUGCAUACUGACAUCAUAGGAAUCUCUCUGGGUCCAUAGUCAUGAGUGAAGGGGCAUCUGGAGACAUCAGUGGUUUGGAGCUGGAGGGAGCGAUUGGGACAGAGGAGACCCCGGUGAACACACUUCAGAGGUCAGCAGAGGAGGAGGGAACCAGCACUCGAAGGAAGAAAAAGAAGAAAAAGAAAGAGAUCAUCUACCGCUCUGACCUGGAGGUUGAGGAUGCUGGGGAGGGAACCUCGGCGGAUGUGGAUGGAGCUUUUAGUCCGCCGUUUGACGAAGAAGAAGAGGAUAUCCCUCCUGACAGCCGUUUUGUGACCCUAACUGGCACAAUCACGCGGGGAAAGCGGAAAGGCCAAAUGGUAGACAUCUAUAUGACGCUAACCGACAAAGAGCUGAGAGACAUGGCGCGCUCCAAAGAGCGUCUAGAUGCAGAAUGUGACGGGGUUGCAGAAGCCAAGCAAAAACCUUGUGCGCUGGGGGUCAGCCAAGGCCCUCAUGUUUUUCUCUGGAGCCUUUCCUGCUCCCCGUUCAUCUUUCUUCUCUCCUUCAUCACGUCGUUUUACUACGGAACACUCACCUGGUACAACGUCUUCCUGGUUUACAAUGAGGAACGCAGCUUUCUGCAUAAGAUCACGGUGUGUCCCUUGCUCAUUCUGUUAUAUCCGGUGCUGAUCAUGGCGUUGUGCGUUUGUAUGGGGGUGUACGCCGCAGUGUCCCAGCUCUCUUGGGUUUUUGGAGAAUGGUGGCUGGCGGUGAGGGACCUGGAGAAGGGCUUCUGUGGGUGGAUGUGUGGUAAGCUGGGGUUGGAGGACUGCGCCCCGUACAAUGUGGUUGAGCUGCUGGACUCCGACACUCUGUCCGGGACCCUCCAGGGGAAGAGGAUGGAUGAUGUCGAGCACACUUCUACUUUGUGAACUUGAAAAGAUGGAAUAACUUCUUGGUUUAAGGAAUGUUCUGGGUUAAUACAAAUCAAGUGGCACGCUGAAGAACAUCAUUUGGACUUAGACAGGAUAGGUCUCCAGACUUUUCAAUGAGUUUCUCAACUCAAGUUGUCCAGAUUUUUCAUCUCAACAUAUGAGUCGAAAUGAUUUUUGUCAGCAUUUAAAGGAUUAGUUUACUUUCAGAAUAAACAUUCCUGAUCAUUUACUCACCCCCUAUGUCAUCCAAAAUGUUCAUGUCUUUCUUUCCUCAGUCGAAAAAAAAAAUAAGGUUUUUGAGGAAAACAUUCCAGGAUUUUUCUCCACGUAGUGGAGUUCAAUGGGGGUUGAAAGUCCAAACUGCAGCUUCAAAGGGCUCUACACGAUCCCAG